UGGGGGUGGGUGGGUGAGUGACCUUGGCGUCUGCAGAGUCCGAGGCCCAGGAUUGUUUACAACGCGCCUUUUAAUUAAUCGGCCCGCGUCUCCGAAGUCGGGGAGGUCCUGUUGCUUUGCUCUCUGAGGAACAACCCGUUGGGCGGAUCGGGAAACAGCGUCCACACUGACGUUGGCGCCGUGCACAUCCUCGCUGUUCGGCUCCGCCGGAGCCCGGGGCCUCGAACGGUUCGCUGCACCUUGCAGGCGCAGUCAUGCCGAGGGUGGUGACCGUGCUGUCGCUCUGCUGGACCUUCCUGCUCUUCAGCGCCGGCCUCGGGCUGUUCCUCAGGGGCUUCCUGCUGGUGCGGCUGGAGCUCCGCAGCCGCAGUCAGUGUCAGGACGCGUCGUUCCCCGACGCUUCAUCCUCUGGUCGGGGCUUCAACUCGUGUUGGAUGCCGAGGCGUUUUUCCAAAGCCGUCGUGCUGGUCAUCGACGCUCUGAGGUUUGACUUUGCCAAGUACAACCCGGGAAACAAGGAUCCCAAACCGUACGAGAAUAAGCUAGAGGUGAUCCAUCAAACUGUUGUUUCUAAACCUCAGCACGCUAAACUUUUCAAGUUCAGAGCUGAUCCGCCCACAACAACAAUGCAGAGGAUUAAAGGGAUGACCACUGGUACCUUGCCCACCUUCAUAGAUGUCGGCAGCAACUUUGCAUCUCCAGCUAUCGAGGAAGAUAAUUUGAUUCAACAGUUUGUGCAAAACGAGAAGAAAGUGGUAUUCAUGGGAGACGACACUUGGGAAGCGCUGUUUCCAAAUAAGUUUUUCAAGUCAUUCCCCUUUACUUCCUUUAACGUGAGAGACCUUCAUACAGUGGAUGAUGGUAUUCUUCAACAUAUCUUCACAACAGUGGAAGCUGGUGAAUGGGAUGUGCUCAUUGCACACUUUUUAGGAGUUGACCACUGUGGGCAUCGAUAUGGGCCUCACCACCCAAAGAUGGCAGAAAAACUCAAUCAGAUGAACCAGAUGCUGAGGUCAUUAAUUGCAAAACUUCAAAAUGAUACCUUGCUGGUUGUCAUGGGAGAUCAUGGAAUGACAGAAGCAGGAGAUCAUGGAGGUGACAGUGAAGGCGAAGUUGAUGCAGCUUUGUUUAUUUAUAGUCCAAUUCCCAUGUUUGAGAUAAAAACUAUUGAAGACUCCGAGGUUGUUUCUCAGAUAGAUCUUGUACCAACCUUGGCUCUUCUACUUGGGAUUCCUAUUCCAUACAGCAAUAUUGGCAUGGUGAUAGUGGACAUGUUUACGUCUUUGCCAAAGCUGGAUGAUAAUCAUUAUCUCGAACAUGCAAAAGUACUUCUCAUCAAUGCCAUACAGGUGAAUCGAUUUUUGGAAGCUUAUUCUCAAGUUGCCAAGGAUCUCCCCUUGAAAAAGCUGAGUUACUUGAAGGAAUUGUUUUCCACUGCAAUGGCCGAAUACAAUGCCCUGAUCACAGACCAACAGGUUUCUGAAAGAUUUAUUCCAAACCAAGAUCACCACUCAAGAAUGCAAAAUCUGUUAUUCAUGUUGCAGCGUUACCUGAAGGAAACCAAGGAAAUGUGUCAAGAAACAUGGGCCCGAUUCAACCCUGUGCACAUGCUGUGUGGUAUUGUACUUCUUGCAGCAACCUGUGUGCAUUGUUUUCUGGUAUCUGAAAGUGUAUCAACUUUUGAAUCCUUGUACAAAGUACUUCUUUUCUAUCCAAUUAUCUGGGGCCUGGCUGUAGGGUUAAUGGUCAAUAUCUGGAUGUUGAUAUCUGGCAUUAGGGUGGAGCCUCUGAUAGCAUCUUGUUGGGUAGCUGUUGGGUCACAUUUAGGCUUUCAUUGGAAUUUUUGGAGAUCAAAAUACAAUAACAAUCAUGAUACAAACAAAUUAUCCCAAAGCUCCAAUGCUGGUAUUCAAAAGAAGUGGAAGAAUUUAUGGAAGAUCUUUGUACCUUUGGGAAUUCUCCUGUUACGAUGUGGAGCCAUGUUUUCCAAUAGCUUUGUAGUAAAUGAAGGGCAAGUAGUAUCUUUCCUUUUGAAAUCUAUUGUGACUUUCACUGUCCUAAAACUAAAAUGGGAUGGAAAACUUAAUACGUAUAGUUUAAAUGUGCCAGAUAUGCAUAGGAAUCCUAGUUUCAUUACAUAUAAAAGAGAAUCUCUUUACAUAAUUGGGUUACUGGUGACCUUUCUGUUGUGUGUUCUCUUCUCUAAUAACUUCUAUAACUGCCGUGAAGAAUUUGUGAACUGUGUGCCCUCUUCCUUUCUCAAACCUUUGUCAAGUUUAAAUAAUAGGCAAGAAAGGAACUUCCAUUAUACCUUGUCAGUGUCAUCACUUGCACUCUUGAUCUACCUCAUACGAAAAUGGUUCCUUCAUUAUGGAAACCUCAACAGCUCGCAUUUGAUUGUGCUUUUUGUACGUUUGGGUUUCCCGUUUAUCGUAUUUUGCUCAUCUUGCUUUUGGGCUGUAAAUGCUGCUCCAGAAGAAACUUCCAAUAAUCUUCAAGAUCUAAAAAAGAAGAUAGUGGUAGUCCUCCCAAGAAUUGUCUUUGGCCUAAUAACAACAGGCUUCUUUAUUGUGCUAUGGAAUCCGAUCACUGUAUUUGUGAAAGACAACAAGCAGUCCGAUGAAACGCUUGUCCCUUCCUCCAAAAAUUCUGCUGAAAUGAAAGCUGAUUCUCUACAUGUAAUCCCACUAAUAUACCGUAAGAUGCACCAAUCAAUGAAAAUACAUUUUAAUGGUGAUCAGAAUGAAUCUCAGACGGUGGCUGCUUAUGGCCUGGGAACUGUGUACUCUGCUGCACUCCUCAUUGUUAUUGUUCUUUUAACAUUUUUGCUUGUUCUGCUACAUAAUGAGAGAAUGUCACUGGCUUUCCUGCUGCUGUUCUUGGAGGGAUUUUCUUUCCUGGAGAUACAUGGUACAGCAAGGAAUCUGUCAUUACAGUCUGAUAAUACUGCCUAUUUUACAGUACCAUGGUAUGCAGUUACAGCCUGGGUCUUUGCAGCUACACAGUUCUUUUAUGCCACUGGGCAUCAGCCAACAUUCCCAACUAUCCAGUGGAAUGCAGCCUUUGUUGGUUUCACUGAAGGGCAUAGCACCAAUGUACUGCCAGCGAUAUUAGUCGGGAUGAACACCUUUGCCUCUCAUAUUCUUUUUGCAGUUGGAUGUCCUUUGUUGCUGCUUUGGCCAUUUGUCCGUGAAUUGAAAAGCACUAAAAGCAAGAGCACCAGAAAGGAGUCUGGAGAUGAGGAGCUGAUGAUGGAGAUGAGGUUGCGAGAAAGUCCUCAGAUGUUUUCUGUAGCCAUGCUGCAACUGGGAAUGAGAUGCAUGUUUGCCUAUGGUGUGCAGCUCCUUGCUUCUGUGUGUGCAGCAGCCAUAUUAAGGAGACAUUUAAUGGUCUGGAAGAUCUUUGCACCAAAGUUUCUAUUUGAGGCUUUGGGCUUUAUAGUGACAAAUAUCUACCUUGUUAUCACUUUUUGUUUCGUGAUGCGUGUGGAUGUCGGUGUCAAUACAUGGUUUAAAGAACUCCUGAAGCGGUCGAGGUAGUUAUUAACACUAUUACAAAUGAAGUCCAGUGAAAAUUGCUAUAGAUAGUUACAAUGGGACAGAUUGUUAACCACGUUGAAUACCAAAAGAAAACCAACCUUAACUUAUUGUAAUUAUCUCCAGACAUCAGGAGUUGCCAUUGUAAAAGAAGCACAAUUUACCUUCUUGCCUUCUAUAGCCAACAAACAAAUGCUGAAGUUUCAUUGUACGCACAAGUGAAGAGGAGAUUUGAGCCACUGAAUGAAAAGUAGAACUGUUUGCUGUUCCUUGGGGUUGACCAUUACUUGAAAGAAUUUAUUUGUAAAUAAAACUGUACUUUUAACACUUGUAUGGGUUGGUGGUGAGUAGGUAUGAUGGCCUAAUUUAACACUCAAUUUUUUUAGUGAAAGACUUCAAGCAUAAAAGACAAAGGCUAUGUAUUAUUUUAACUGCCAAAGUUUAAUGUUUUCUAAUGUGACAAAUUCCUAUUGCCUAGCAAAUUUAAUUACAAAACAAAAAAAGAGAUUUGUAAAAUUUUUCAUAUGUCAAGCACUAAACUUUAAUUGUUAAUGAUGGUUCUGAAUGUGGACAUAUUGCAAGGAUUGCUCAAAUAUAAAAUGAGGUGCGCACAAAUGUUGUGCAAAUCCUUGAAAGGUAUGUCGCAAAGCAAUUUCAUUAGUUCAGCUAAAUUGUUUGAAAUGCCCAAUACCACAUCUUUAAUCACAAUUUGGAGGUACUUUGAAGUUUCUUGUACCAUAAAUAUUUGCUAUUAUACGAGCAGAAUAUUCCCCUUAGAAUGCAGAACUUAUUUACAUUAAGCACGUUUGAUUUUUGCAUCACGCCAAUUUUAAAAGUUUAAUUAUCCACUUCAACUUUUUCAUGCUUCAGCAGCAUGAACAUUCCCUAUUCUGAGGAAGGUUUGCUGACCUGAAACAUUGUCUAGUUUCUCUUUCCACAGAUGCUGCUUGACUGGCUGAGUUCUUCCAGCAUCUGUUUUGUUUCAGAUUCCAGCAUCUGCAGUUUUUUUUUAAUUAAACAUUUCAUUAGAGUUUGGCUUGUGUUGUUGCUUUGUAUAUGCGAUUGUAAAUUAAUAACUUUUUAAUUAUAAAGGCUUAUAUGAGAAGAGCUGUUUAUAUUAUUGAUAUAUUGCAGCAGUGCUGAUUAAAUUAUUUCUUCCCAAAAAUCAAUAAAAUUGUCUGAAUGAUAUAGGUAAAGGUGAUUAGCUGUUCAUUUAGUGUUGUUGCAAUGUUUGUUUGUCUUGUAAGUUAAAUGUUGAUUACCUGUUUAUGAAAUUUCAUAGUGUUGGUUAAUCGAAUUGAAAAAUAAUGAAAGUUGAAUAAAGACUCUCUGUGUAUUUAUUUCUGGUUAAGCGUAUGAUUCAAGCCAUAAUUCUUGCAUAUUGUACGUCACUUUCUACAUCAAACUUGGUUUCUUUUGCUGUUAAAUUGAGCUCGACAGAAACUUAUCCUAUAUUUUUCUUCCUCUUCUGUGUGGGGAUGCGUUACCUCCAUUCUUCUCCUCUGAUUUGUUCCCAAAGGAAUACUGUACAACAUUAAACUAACUAGCUUCCUGCUGUUCACUACGCUACAUUUAUUUUUGCAUGUAAUCCUAAAAGUGAAUUCAUUUGUCACAUUUAUAUUAAA